AUGGAGGGGAGGACAACGGCGGUGGCUUCACAGAGAAGGGGAGAUGAGAGGAGGGAAGAGCUGAGACAGCGCCUCGUCGUCGCUUCAAGGUUUGACAUGGCGAUGGAGGCGGCGUUCGGUGGUUGGUGUUGUGUCACUGUGUGUGAAGAGGGGCCCAAGCCUAUAGUUAAACUAGGGUUUUGCAACGCAUAUAUAUAUAUAAUACACUCUCCCUACGUUCGGUAUUUUCUUGUUGCCCUCUUCUCGCCACAAAGAAGCACACAAAGUUCAUCACAAAUGGCGCCGAAGACUCAGAGAGUAACUCGUAACCCGGAAUUGAUUCGUGGGGUACGUAAGCACUCGCGUUCCCAGAUGUACCACAAGAGGGGACUCUGGGCUAUCAAGGCCAAAAAUGGAGGCAAAUUUCCAACCCACGAAAAGAAAUCUGUGGCCGCUGAGCCAGCCGCCGAGAAGGCACCCAAAUUCUACCCAGCUGAUGAUGUCAAGAAGCCACUUUCCAACAAGCGCAAGCACAAACCCACAAAACUGAGAGCAAGUAUCACUCCUGGGACAGUGUUGAUUAUAUUGACCGGAAGAUUUAAAGGAAAACGUGUUGUUUUCCUUAAGCAGCUUGCUUCUGGAUUGUUGCUUGUUACUGGACCAUUCAAGAUCAAUGGCGUUCCUCUAAGACGUGUCAACCAAGCAUAUGUUGUUGCUACAUCCACAAAGGUUGACAUUUCUGGGGUUAACGUGGACAAAUUUGAUGAUAAAUAUUUUGCUAAGCAAGCUGAGAAGAAGAAGAACAAGGGCGAGACUGAGUUUUUUGAGGCAGAAAAAAAGGAGAAAAAUAUGCUUCCAGUAGAGAAGAAAGAUGACCAAAAAGCUGUUGAUGCAGAAUUGUUAAAAGCUAUUGAGUGUGUUCCAGAAUUGAAGUUCUAUUUGGGAGCAAGAUUCUCUCUUAAGGCUGGAAUGAAACCUCAUGAGCUCGUCUUUUAG